AUGGAUUUAGCAGGGAGUGGAAGAUCAGGAGGGGGUUCCAUGAACCAAUCCUGUGAUCCGAUCUUACCGGAGAACAAUGUCACUGACUUACUGCGGAAUCUGAAUCUGACAACAGAUGAAGGUGAAGUAGCUGCGUUCAGUGACGAGGACGAAGACGAAGUCAGAGGGCAAACAAAACUGGCACUUAUUGGCAAAGUCUUGUCGCCGGCAACGUUGCAUGUUACAACGAUCCAGCAGGCUAUGAAACCUGCAUGGGGAAAUCCGGUUGGCCUGAAGAUAAGGGCGAUCGGGGAGAAAGGUAAUAAUUUGUUUAUUGCUUCACUAGGUUGUGAGAAUGAUCUGAAGCGGGUUUUGGGGGGCUCGCCUUGGAUAGUGGGUAGGCAUGGGGUCAUACUGCAAGAGUAUGAUGAAAGUCUUAAGCCGUCUGAAAUUGCUUUUGAUAAAAUGGAGAUUUGGGUGAGGAUUCUGAACCUUCCAGUUGGAUGGAUGAACAGACAACGGGGAGUUCAUGCUCUAGGCCUUAUUGGGUCAGUGAUUGGCAUUGAUGUAGAUAAGGAUGGUGAAGCUAGUUGCCCUUUUCUACGUGGUCGAGUAGCUAUUGAAGUGGCAAAACCUAUUAGGAGGGGAGUGCUACUAAAAACAAAGAAAGAUGGAGUGCCUGAGUGGUUUGAAAUUCAGUUUGAGAAGCUUCCUUUCUUUUGUAAAUCGUGUGGGGUUAUGGGUCAUUCCAAGUUGGAGUGUGCCAGCCCUGCUGCUCGGAAUGACUAG